AUAUAACUCGGCGGAUAAACGAAUACACCAUAUACCUGCCCUGUGUACCAUUGAUUGAGAACAUGCAGGAACAUGACUUCUUUACCACUUAUACAGACACCCCAUAUCACUGACUUGUUUAUCAUAUUAAAGUUACAAGUUUCCAUUGAGGCCAAAAUGGGGGUGAAUCGAUCUCGUUUGCAAGAAUUCAGAUAUGAUUUGCUUGCGAGAAUUUGACUUGCCUACAAUGGUUCUAACAGAGGAGGAGCAGCUUAUGUUUCGAGACGAAAAUGUGUAUCCUCAUGCUACAGUGCUCAUCAAUAAUACGAACCGAAAGGAAGAAGAGAUUGAGGCUCAUAAAAAGGAAAAUAUAAAGAUUUUGGAGACGAUUCGAGAUCAGAAAGAAGAUCUACUUAGAGCUAGAGAAAAUGAAACAAAGUUGAAAGAAACAAUAGAGGAACUGGGGAAGGAAUGUACUGAACUGAGCCAUUUUUCAGGGAAAAGGGCAAUCAGUUUAAGGACACUCUGGCAGUAAAGUCGAACGAAUUGGGAGAAACACGAGAGCAGUUAAAAGCUUUGCAAGACCAAUUUGAGUA